UCCACGGGCCGGGCAGGGAGGAGGAAACGGCCAUAGAAGUCCUCACCCAUGGCCAGAGAGAGGUGAACUAUGUCAGGGGAGGAGCCCAGCGUGGACUCACACAAGCGUUCAAAGUGUACAUCGUCCACAGAGCCCGUUUGAGGGUAAGAUUGAAGCCAAACUGAAGUUUUCACAGUUCCUGGAUGAGGUGACGUCCAACGUGCUCGAACCAAACUGCCUGCGGGCAUUUGGGAGGCCGGUUUCACCCUCCAGCUCCUCCACCACGAACCCAAAUCAGCCUGAAGGAACGAUCCAAGUGGUGACUCAGUGGAGUCCCAGGCUGACCAACCCAAUGGCCCAAAACAAGCCCCAAGAGGAGCAGACUCCCCCCGAGCUGACACAGAAAACAUAUCUGGAGACAGACAUUGACACUGUGAGGACCAACGAUGAGCAGCAGCGGGACCAGGAGACACGAGCAGACACAAGACCUCGGCUGGAGGUGGAUGAGAAAAGUGUGAUCCCACCUCCUCCACAGUUCUGUCAAGGGUUUGACGUGAGGAGUUCCUUCACGGAGUCUUAUCGUGACUUCUCCAGGCACCCGUACAGAUCUGCCUCUCUGCCGCGGGGCGUCAACAUGGUGUCUGAUGAGGAGAUGAACAACACAGACGCUAUCAGCUCUUUGCUGGAGCAGAAGGAGGACUUACGGAAGAGGCUUUCCUACACAACCCACAAGCUGGAGCUGCUGCAGGGUGAAUUCGACUCCACGCGGCAGUAUCUGGAGACGGAGCUGCGCAGAGCUCAGGAGGAGCUGGACAAGUUUACUGAUAAACUGCGCAGAAUACAGAGCAGCUACUCAGCACUGCAGAGGAUCAACCAGGAUCUGGAGGAAAAGAUCCAAAGGAAUUCCCAGCACCACGACGAUGAGAAGCGUGCUUUGAGCCGAGAGAUCAUCGUCCUCAACAAUCGCCUGAUGGAGGCCAAGCUCACCAUCGAGAAGCUACAAGAGGACAACGAUGUGUACAGAAAGGACUGUAACCUCGCUGCUCAGCUUCUGCAGUGCAACAAGUCUCUUUACAUGGCCCAGCUCUCUGAGCUGCCCGCCGAGUUUCAGGAGCGACUGACCAUGCACAUGGAGGAGUCUCCCCUCUGUCACACCUACUCCGACUCCGUUCCGGCCUCGCUCAUUGCCAAAGUGCUCGAGAAGCCGGACGAGGCCUGCAGCAGCAGCCAGGCCUCGCGUUCUCCGAGCCCCCAAACCCAGGACCAUGCUUUUAUUUUGGAGAGGUUGGGCCCGGGGCAGCGCCUGGGUCUCCGUGCAGCUUACAAAUCUGACCUGUACGCCAGUGACACUGCCUUGUACUGUCCUGAUGACCGGCACCGCGAGCGAAGGCCCAGCAUGGACCUCCACGGUCAGAGACAGUUGGUGUACGGGCCCCAGAACUCUACCGACAGUACCCCAGAGGAGGGGUCAGUUGGGCUGAGGCCCGGCUUCUCCCAGGAACACUUUGCUAAGUUUCCGCCCCCACUGGGUGUGGGCUCCAGCUCCUACUCCAGUUUCAGUGGAGGGGGAUCUGAGGACAAAGGAAAUGGCCCUCCCAGCAGUGGAGCAUCCUCCCCUCACCAUCAUUCCCUCUACAUGGACUGGAGAGAUGAAGGGGAAUAUGAGCGGAAGAGUGACUCAUCCUGGGAGAGGGACAGUCCAAGAGGCUUUGCCAACGCUCAUCCCUUCCAACAGACGGAGCUGAGCCACCACCAGAACGGCAGCUCGCCCGUCUACAGCCGCACCAUGUCCUCCUGUUUCAGUGAGCCCUACGAGCCGCUCCCCCCCUCUUCUUCGCCAAGUGUUGCCUACGGAGACAGUCGUCGUGGCAGCGCGUUAGCUCCGGAAGAGGAGGAGCUGAUUGGUCGAUGGAGACAACUCAGCGUGGAGGACUUGGGUGCCCACACCUACCGCAGCCCGGGCCGGGCUUCACCUUACAGCUUCUCAGAGCAGCACUUCUCCGUGCGGCCCGCUAAGAUCCGACUCGGACCGCUCUACAGCAGCUUCCAGGAGGGGGCUGACUAUUACCAUCAAGGAGUGGGUGCCGUGGACUCGGUGUGGGUGGCAGCCAGCUCCAGCCCUGAAUGCAGUCCAGGGCUGCGGCAGGCGCACAGCCAAGCCCACCUCUACCGAGGCGAGGACAGCCAGGAGUCAGAGCACAGCCUCUACCACUCAGGGAGCUCCAAGGACAGGGAGGGAAACAUGGCAGCUGGUGGCCAGAGCACGGAUUAUGUAGAUCCCAGCCCCAACAGCUCCACUGAGUCUCUCAACCAGAGGUCCAUGGAGAUGCAGCACUACCAAGUGGAGAUGCACAACUUGCCUCCACAGGGGAGCCAGUCUCCGCCACCGGUCCCGCCCCCUCCUCCCCCUCCAUACAACCAAAAAUUUGGCUCUCUGGGACUUUCCCGGAAGGACAGUCUGACCAAGGCCCAGCUUUAUGGAACUCUCCUGAACUGAAUGACCUUCCAAUCGUGCGUUUGUCCUUGACAGGACGAUGGGGUAAGAAGCCCCAGUGCGUCCAGCUGCACCUUCUGUACGCGCGACCGAUUUGGCAGGAAAUCGUUUGAAUAGAAGCCAGAGGUCGAGUCAUUCAGCACGACAAACCUGAAACCACAGCUGAGGAUUUUAAAGCUUUGAAUCUCACCCGUUUACACUAUUACAUUUGUCCGGAGGAAGAAGUAAGAGUUGGAAGUGGAGCUCAGUUUGUACAGUGAUGUAUUUAAAAAUACAAAUGUAUAAAUAUAUACUUGUAACUACAAAUUGAGUGAUAUAUUUUGUAUGUGACUGUUGGCGAGAAACACACCCAAAACGAUCAAAGUGACGAACCUGGAACUUCUGCAUACAUUCAAAAACUGCCAAUUCUAUAUUUGAAACCACAGAAAGGUCGACUUAUAUUAUUAUAUACCGUGAGCGAGAAACGAUUAGUUCCAGUCAUUAUUUUUUAAUCGACUGACAGUGUGAGGAUUUAAAAUGAGAGAACGCAAUAGGAAAAAAAAAUCACUCAAACGAACAACAUACAUUUUGUUUUUCUUCUCUUGAUGGAAUUUGACAGUGUUGAUAGAUGUGCUAUAUUGUUAUUGAUGGAACGUUUUGAGGUCUGUUUUAACAGUCAGUAUUACUUUAAUUUUUUGCUCUUCUAUUUCCCACCGAGAGGUGGUUUUCCUGCCCCCAUUCUACCUCAGACUUGGAUGCCCACACCCCAUUAAGCCACUGUAACCUUGUUUCUUCGACUACGAUGCAUGAUUAUAUAUAUUUUGGUUGUUUUGUUCACCUAAUAAAGCACAAACCAGUUCACCAUCUGUAUUCAA